AUGGCCCACCUUUCCACGGCUGCAAUGGCGCAAGCCUCUAUCGCCAACAGCUCAUGGCACGGUGCGGGCGCCGCGGAGUUCGACCUUCGAAGCGACACCAUGACGAAGCCUACCCCGUCUAUGCUCCAGGCGAUUUGCCAGACUACCCUGCUGGACGAUGUCUUCAAUGAGGACCCGGUCACCAAUUCCCUCCAAAACUAUGUCGCCGCGCGGACGGGACAUGAGGGAGGUCUUCUCGUUAUGUCCGGCACCAUGGGAAACCAGGUGGCCCUUCGUACGCAUCUGAUACAACCCCCAUAUGCCGUCCUGUGCGAUCACCGAUCCCACAUCGUCAAAUACGAGGCUGGCGGAGUCAGUUCGUGGACGGGGGCUACCGUGCAGGCAGUCAUACCCAAGAAUGGCAUUCAUUUGACCUUGGAGGAUAUUCAGAAGCACGUGGUGCUCGGCGAUAACGACCACUUCUGUCCGACCGCAGUGAUCAGUUUGGAGAACACCCUCGAUGGGAUGAUCAUGCCACUGAGCGAGGCUCGCCGGAUCUCCGAGUGGGCCCAUGCUAAUGGUAUGAAGGUGCACCUGGAUGGCGCGCGACUGUGGGAGGCUGUUGUGUCCGGAGCCGGCAGCCUGCCUGAGUACUGCGGUCUGUUCGAUAGCGUCAGUCUGUGCUUUUCCAAGGGACUCGGCGCACCCAUUGGAAGUAUCAUUGUAGGCUCCCAGGAGUUCAUCAAGAAGGCUCGCUGGUUCCGUAAGUCGAUCGGCGGCGGUACCCGGCAGGCAGGCGUGAUAGCCUCUGCGGCGCGGGUGGCCGUCGAGGAGACUUUCGGCUCAGACCCUAGCGGAAAGGACGGCAAGCUCAAGGAAACGCAUGCCAAGGCCAAGCAGAUUGCUGAUAUGUGGACCAGCCGCGGAGGCAAACUGCAACAUCCCGUGCAGACCAACAUGGUUUGGUUGGAUCUGGAAGCCUCGGGGGUGGGCCCCAAUGAUCUGCCGGAGAUCGGCAAGAGAAACGGGUUACAACUCCUGGGGGGCCGUCUGGUCAUUCACUACCAGGUGUCUGCGGAGGCAAUUACGCGGCUGGAGCAAGUGUUUGAUGCGGUGAUGAAGGGCGAGUUCGCACGCAGCGACGAUACGAGCAAGCCAUACGGGAUGAAAUAA